GUUGGAGAGAGAGAGUGAGAGAGAGAGAGAGAGAGAGAGAGAGAGAGAGAGUGAAUGGUGUUAAGGUGAAGUUGAGAUGCUUUCGGCUAACAUUGCUGAAACUGGCCUCGUCUAUGCUGUAUUGGGCAGCUGAAGAAAACAAAGAUCUUUAUUAUUACAUCUUUUACUACAUUUUUGCAACACCUACCUCUUUUUUUUUUUCUGUCUUUUUUAUAUCUUCGUUACUCCUAGGUUUCAUUUUUUCAAUUCCCUUCAACACACUCAACCUCUUUCACUUCACAACUACUACUCUUUUUUCAAAAUCCAAAAUUCUUUUACUUUUUCCAUCAAAACCACAACAAAACAAAGAAAGUUUUAAUUUUUUGAUGAAAGAGUUGAAAUCAGAAAUCUGGGUUGUUAAAAUUACUAUUACUAUCAUCUAGUUUUGUAAAAAUGUGGGAUCUUAAUGGUUCACCGUUUAAGAGAAAAGAAGAAGAAUCUGAAAGAUGUUCCAAGACAUCAAUAGAAGGAGAUGAUGAAAAAGGCAAAAGGGUUGGUGGAUCUAUUUCAAAUUCAAGCUCUUCAGCCAUAGUAAUUGAAGAAGAUUCAGAAGAAGAUCAACAAGAACAAGAACAUAAAAACAGAACCAUGUUGAUGAAGAAAAGAAACAGUAAAAUAUUUGGUUUCUCUGUUACUCAAGAUGAAGAACAAGAAGAAGAAGAAGAAGAAGAUUCUUUAGACAGUGAAAAUUUUCCUGUGACAAGAAAUUUCUUUCCUAUGGAUCAAGAAUCUGAUAACAUCAUGGUUAUAGAAAAUGGAACAACAUCUUCUUCUUCAGCUACUUUUCCUCGUGCUCAUUGGGUUGGUGUGAAAUUUUGUCAAUCAGAAACACUUGGAAAUGGAAAAUCAUUAGAAGUUUCAUCUUCUUCACAACCUAUGAAGAAAAGUAGAAGAGGACCAAGGUCAAGAAGUUCUCAAUAUAGAGGUGUUACUUUUUACAGAAGAACUGGUCGAUGGGAAUCUCAUAUAUGGGAUUGUGGAAAACAAGUGUAUCUUGGUGGAUUUGACACAGCACAUGCAGCUGCUCGUGCAUAUGAUAGAGCAGCUAUUAAGUUUAGAGGAGUUGAUGCUGACAUAAAUUUUAACAUAGAAGAUUAUGAAGAAGACUUGAAGCAGAUGAGUAAUUUGACAAAGGAAGAGUUUGUACACGUACUUAGGAGACAAAGCACUGGAUUUCCAAGAGGAAGCUCUAAAUAUAGAGGUGUUACAUUGCAUAAAUGUGGAAGAUGGGAAGCUAGAAUGGGACAAUUUUUAGGAAAAAAGUAUGUUUAUCUGGGUUUGUUUGACACUGAGGUUGAAGCUGCAAGGGCUUAUGACAAAGCAGCAAUUAAAUGCAAUGGAAAAGAGGCUGUCACAAAUUUUGAUCCUAGCAUCUAUGAUAGCGAGCUUAAUUCUGCAGAACCAGCCAUUAACGUUGGUGGUGAUCACAAUUUGGAUUUAAGUUUGGGAAACUCAACUUCAAAAUCCAUGAAUAAUGCUCAAACAUAUGGGAAUCACAUUUCAAAUGUUGCAAAUCAUGCAUCUGAUCAAUCUAAUUGGCACAAUGGUGGAAACAUAAACAAGCCUAAGCUUGUGAAUAUUCUACCAAAACCAUAUAAUAGACCAAACAACAUGGAAGCAUAUGGAAGAGAUUUGCAUGGAGAGAAUGAAGCUUUAAGGAUGCUAAGUCAAACUCAUCUUCAUUCUUCAUCCUCUAAUGAAAUGCUUAGAUAUGGUCCUUUUAGAGAUCACUCACAAAUGCUUCAUAGUUUCCCACAUACUCACCCACCAACAAAUUUUCAUUAUCCCAGCAGCAGUUAUGGAGGCCGAGUUGGAAGCGAUCUUUCAUUAUCAACAAGCAAUCAACAACAAUGGCAAUCAGGGCCACAUUAUUUAGCAACUGUUGCUGCAGCAUCAUCAGGAUUCCCACCUCAAAUUAGACCCUCUUCUUCUCAAGCUUGGCUGCACAAAAAUGGCUUCCACACUCUCAUGAGACCCUCUUGAUUAAGUUUCUUCACUCUAUAUCGCCAAUUUACAUUCAAAUAAUAUUUCAUAUCUUUGUAGCACCGACACUUCUGAUCGAGAACGUGUCUAGUAUCUGACACGUGUGUCAAUAUCCAACACAACACUGACAUAUAUAUGAAUAUGUUCAAUUAUGUCGAUGUGUUCGUGUUAAUUUCGGUGCUUCUUAGCUUGCUACCUCCCUAAUAUCUUCCUCAUUCUCUAUAUUUUGUUAAUUUUCUUAGCAAUAUUUAAAAAUUGAAUGUAGUGUUAGAAGAGAUAGCAAAAGGAAGAAAAAAAAAUUGAAUCAAAAUUGGAAACUGAUUGGUCUUUUGUUUGGAUGAGUCAAACAAACAAAGUGAGGAAAUCUAUAACUAGAUAUUCUUGUUUC